ACGACAUCGACUGUCUUAAAAUUACGUCAGCGCAGAGAAAUAGAUGUGGGAGUGGAUAUCAGCACAGAUAAUACCGUCAUAUCAUUAACAGCAAUCGGUUGUGCAGUCAUUUGUGUAUAUGGCAGUUAUGUCAAAUUGUUUACGUAUGAUAUUGAUUGAGUUUUCGUUUGUUUAACAGCGCUUCCUCAGUUGCAUAGGUUAUAGCGUCGAUGAUAUUUAAGACAGGGCAUAUAAUGUGAUAGUAAUGUGAUGGUGGAUUAGUGAUUUGAAUGCACCACUCGAACCUUGUUAUCGCGUCAAUUAAUUCUAAAAUAUUUUCUAGAAUAGCAGUAUAAUAUGGUGGAAGCUGUAGUGGAAUUUGAUUAUGUAGCCCAAGAAUCUGACGAGCUGAAUUUACGAAAAGGGGAUGUGAUAACAAACAUAAAAACACAACCAGGUGGUUGGUGGGAAGGCAUAUUGAAUGGUAGACGAGGAAUGUUUCCAGAUAAUUUUGUGAAAAUUUUGUCUGAGACAGAUGGUACAAAGGAUUCAAAUAAUGUCACCUUACGAUCAAGUAGUGGGCGUCGGUGUAAAGUUCUGUUCAGCUACCAACCAGCCAAUGAAGAUGAACUUAAACUUGAUGUUGAUGAUGUAAUUGAUAUAUUGGCGGAGGUAGAAGAAGGUUGGUGGAAGGGCAGACUCGGAGAUACAGUUGGUGUAUUUCCAUCCAAUUUUGUGACAGAAAUUGUAGAUACACGAACAGCGGGCAUUCGUAAAGCAAGAACCAGCAGCCGUGAAGAAGCCAGUGAAAGUGAUGGGGAGCUGUCCACUUCGGUUUCAAGCCCAGAUUCCAGUCAGCUGUUGGAUUCUAUUGGUAAGCCAGAGCAGGAUUCAGAGGCACCAGUGCUGCCACCAAAGCCAGUGAAAGAAUUGUGCAGAGUGUUGUUUCCGUAUGAGGCAGCCAAUGAAGAUGAGCUAACGCUGAAGGAGGGUGAUCUCAUUAUACUGCUUAGUCGAGAAGUGGCAGACAAGGGCUGGUGGAGAGGCGAGCUCAGGGGCAAGGUCGGCGUGUUCCCAGACAACUUUGUGGAAGUUGCUCCUCAAGAAGAGCAUCAACACAAGAGACCUGAUCGGCCACCUGCGAAAUCUCAGACUGUGACUACAAACCGAGCACGGGAUAGUAUCACCAAACCUGUAGUGGCAGUUCCGACAGCUGGUACAACGAAGGGAGAUCUGAUCUCCCAGCAUAGGCUUUCAGAUACAGUGCUCAAAGCAGGUAAAUACUUUUGGAUGAAAACGGGACGUUCUUAUCAACAGCAGUCCCAAGCUUGUCUUGAUGGACCCAGCAGAAUGGUGCAGAAAACAUCUCCACGAGGGAUAUUAGAAUUUGAUAGUGUAGAAAGAAGUGCCAUGUUAACGCAUCCAACAGCGACGAGAGUCAAAGCACCGCAUCGCCGACUUCCUUCCACAGUAUUCAAUAAAGAAGCAGAUUCUCAAAGCAGUGGCUUAAUGAAUGGAAGUGCAGAAGCAGGUCAUACUUCUCUGGACAACCAUGUCGUGGAGGAGGAAGAGGAUGAAGAAGGAGUCGAAAGAAGCAGAGGACGUGCGUGGGAAAGAGGGAAGGCUCCAUGGGUUGAAGAACUCAAAUUAAAUCAGGCCAAAAAGACAUCAGGAUUAAGUCCUACUGCAUCAGCACUUGGACAGAGCCCUCCAGAACAUGCAGAAAGAAAACUGCUUAAAUCAAAACCAGACAACAGUCCUGAACCCAAACAAACACCAGCAAGUGCAAUGAUGAGGAUCCAGCCUUCCAGACCUCAGUCAAUGUUCCAUGACUCUUCAUCAAGAGUUACUCCUCAGAGAAGGCCAUUGUCUGCUGCAAGUCCACCUGAUCCUGCCCACAUUUUGGCAGAAGUGAACCAGGCUCAUUCCAAACCCCUCCCAGGUUCACCAACUAACCCCACGUUGCUUACACUGCCGACAAAGCAAGAAACUGUCAGUCCAUCAGUCAGACCAGCAAAUAGCACAAGUUCAUCUACUAGCCCAGUGCUGGCCACUUUGAUGGCAAAACAGACUGCGGAUUCUACGAGUCCUUCCUCUAUGUCAGAUCCAGACCUUAUAGCAAGUCCGACUGCUCGUAGUCCAGGGCUUGUGAGUGGACCGUCUGUUACAUAUAAGCAAUUCUCAGAGCUCAAAGAUAAGGUGUCAAAACUUGAACAGACACUGGAGAUGCUUGCAGAUUUGACCGCUAAACUGAAUGAGGAGGCAGAGAGAAGAGUUCAGUUGCAGCAAGCGGUGGAUAAGCUUACUAACCUGGUGACGCAGGUGUGACUGUCAUCUGCUGCAUCCAGUGCCGAUGCUCGCUCAGGAUCAGUGCUGCUGGUGAGUGAAUAAUUAGGGAAGAAACAAAUGUGUGUCAGGUUUUUGUUUAUGUGAUUUGUAUUCUUUUCUACAAAUAAAUAAUGUCACAUAUUCCUCAGCUUUGAGGGUUAAAGGCAGUGGCCGUCUUUUAUAAAGAUAAGUUUUUACAUUUUGCUAGCACAGUAGCUGAGUAAUGGGGAGAGGUAUUUGUGAUUGUAAUAUUGGAGAGAUAUGUUAAUGGAAAAUGAUAUCCGUUGUUGGGGGACCAGAAAUAUUUGUGUUUCUCUCUGUUAUCUUCAUUUUGUUUUAACUUCUGUUGUGUCACGCUUUCCAGUGCCGCAGCUGUAGAGGUGGUUUGAGUAUAGACUUCACCACGACAUAUGUUCUCCACUGUGCCAUUAAACUCUGUGAAUGUUAUGCCAGUGAGUGAAUGCUUACAUACAAAUUGUCUCUACUUGUGAUUUGUAGUGAAUAAAUGUGCCGUAAGUACAGCAUAACAGGGUUUUGUGAAUGGCGAGUAUCAGUCUUUUCCUGUUGGUUAUGGUUGGCAAUAAAAUCUUUGCCCACAGGAAGAAUGGAAAGUUGUAUUGUCCAGAAUAUAUUCUAUGUGAAAGAGAUUUUCAUUGUGAGUUUUAUUGAUCAUUGGGCUCUUAGGUAAGUAGUUCGGUUAGCAAAUAAGUAUUUGAUUGUGAUUUAAAAAUGGGCCAAAUCUCAUUUCUUCAUUUCUGUUUUUUUUCUGUCCCACUACACCCCAUGUAGGAGCAUGGGGGGAGUGGAGGUAUAGCUCCUACUCUUUCUUGACCUUGGCACUAGAUGGGGUGAGUGGUCAGCAUCACGCUCCGAGUAUAUAUGUUAUGGCUCAUAUAUUAAGAAUUUAGGAUGUCUGUUUUGAAUGGGUAUUUUUUGUUCUUUUUGUUGUUAACCUUAGUCCAUCUGUGUGGAUACCGGAAUGGUGUUUCAAAUAAACAGUGUCCAUUUACUCCUUCCAAAUGACUGUUCGUAAUCACUGAUAUCUGCAGGUGCAGAUUGGAAAACCUCAUAAAAUAAAAAUAUUUUCCAAAGUCUUCCCUUUUUAUCAGUGACUGUGCGCUCAUUGUGCACACUCAUAAAUGGACCGUUCUUUACAGGCAAUACUCAUUACAUUGGGCUUCUACUGUAUUUGAUGUACACUCUGUUUCAAGAGUUGGCUGUACUCCCAUUGUCAUGUGAUUUGUAUUGACAGAUUUUUAUUACUUUUUAAGUGUGAUUAUGGAUGAUGAUGUUUGAAUACAUUCUUAUUUACAGAUGAAUAUCAUUGCAUGCAUCUGUAAUUUCAUACCCAGUUCUACAUCAUAAUUUUGUAUUAUUUUACUAAUUUCAUUUUGUACCAUUAACAACAAAUUUUAACAUGCAGUUACUAAAUCAUAAUGUUCAAACUGCUCCGAUACCUAAUAGCUCAGUGAUCUUAAGAUUGUAAUUGAAAAUGAGUUGUUUCCUGAUGUCAGCCACGGUGUAUAAUAUAUAUUUAAUAAAUACAUUGUAAUGUAAUUUAUAUAAAAUUACAGUACAUAAUUAAGAUUAAUUUUUGAUACAUUGUCAAGGAAAGAAAUGUCAGUACAUCCCAACAAUUUUUGAUUUGUCAUCAUAUUUUAUAUAGGAUGACAUUUAAAAAGUCCUAUUUUCUGUAGGGGUUUGGCCAUAUCUGACUUUUUGUCAGCUGUUUCAGCUUUUUGUUGAGCACUCUUAUUUUAAAACAUGCUUUGCAGUGCAAGAAUCAUAAUAAUAUGAAAAGUGGUUCUAUCUGAAAGUAGUUAUUAGCAUGGAUAACUUAUAAAACUUCACUUUAUGCACAAAUAAAACUAGUUUUGAUUCAGAUUAUUGGUUUGUGAUUUCCUGUACUAAUGUAGGCAUUGUCAUACCUGAAGCGUUUUUAAUAUGGAGUUAAAUUUUAGGGCAGCUCGUGUAGUGCUAAAAAGGGCAUUGAAGAAAGUUUUCUCUACAUACUUUUUUUACUCCUGCUGAUCAUGAUUCUGUUUGUAGAAUAGGCUGUCUGAGGCUGCAGUGCCAAGAACGUUUUGUUUAAUACGUUAUAGUCCAUCAGUUAGUCACAAUUUUACAUUUUCAUAAUUUUGGUUGAUAUGUCAUAAAAUUAUUAAAACAGUGUAUCUGUGGCAAGUAAUGGUGGUUUGAUAAUGGUGUAGAAUUCAUGCUGUGUUGUUGAAGAAUCCUGUUUUCAAAUCACCACCAUGAAUUACCACUGAGAUUGUUCAUUUUCUUGUUCUAUACUUUAAUAAGAUAAGUGAUUAUGCAUUAAUUAUUAUGUUUAAUUUAGUGAGAAAGAAAUUAGAUGAUUGGGUAUUUAAGUUUUAUGUGUGUGUGUGUAAACGUUGUAAAACUAACCCUCAUAUAAUAUAUAGUUACUUUAUUUUACUAUUAUACACAUAUUUGACAAUAAAGUAGGUAAAGUUAUUGCAUGCCUAAAUGCCUUAUCACAAAUACAUAUAAGGGGAAUGGAGGUAAAUAACCACACAUUCUUAGCUUUGGCACUAGGUGGAGGUGAGUGUCCAGCUUCAUGCUCUGAUCCCAUUGCCCAUGGGUAGAUCCUGUCGUACAGUUGUACACUUUGGCUUCAGAUGCAUUGUAGUUAAUUGUUUUUUACAUCUGAUGAAGUUAUUGUGAAAUAACGAGGUGGUUUUGUUCUGCUGGGCUAUGUGUACAUUGUGUUAUACACCGUGGCCUUGAUUUUGAGCUUGUAAAUGAAUGUAAUUGGACUCUGUUAAACCAUUGCACAGGAAAAUCUGAUACUGUUGUGUGUGGUUUAGAGACUUCUAUACCAUCCAGUUUACUGAUGUAACAAGACUUCAGAGAACUGUCACGUUAUGUACUUGUACAUUCUUUUAAGACUGCUACUUGAUGUGUUGGCCAUAUUAAUUUUUCCUCGGGAUUCUUGGUGCAGCUGUGAGAUUUGGAAAUGUGAGUAUUUAAAAACUGUGCAAGUAAUAUUUUUUGAAGAAAAUUUCUAAUAAUUAUUCAUAUUUUUUCUAAUAUGUUCAGUAUCUAUUAAAUAUUAUAGCAAAGUAUCUCUGUGUUUAACUUGAUUUUGUUGGCUAAGAAUUUUAAUACAUGGUCUGUCUGAUUUCAGCAUUGCUAUUUAUAGCAGAAUAAUACCAGGCCCUUACAGACCACUUGGCUAAUACAUUUAAACCAGUCUGGUAGAUUUAGACUUACAUGAAAUAAUAUAUAAUUUAUCUGUACAAUUUAUUGCAAAGACAUUCCUUCCAUACGAACUGAAGCUGUCCAAGUGUCUGUAGCUUCUUUAAUGUGCUACUCUUUCUUUUAUGGACUGAUGUUAUUCUUACAAAUAUGCUACAUGAGAAAAGUUACAGUACAAUUGUUUUCUGUUGUCUGAGGUUUAUUUCAAUAAACAGUAUUUUGGAAAUUGUGUACACUACCAUUUACAUGGUGUCAAGUUAUAUCAUGAUUACUAUCACUAAUCUAGGAAGAAAAAAAUCAGUGUUAUGAUAACAAUUUCAUUGAGAGUGGAAACAUUUUGUAUGUCAAAUAUACCUCAAACAAUGGGCAAUUUCUGACUUACUUUGGUGUAGUGAAGUAACCAUCGUCACAGAUGUUUUAUGAAACAUAAGUAAAAUAGUAUAACUUUUGGCUUUGUGAGAGUGUGUAAGAUCUUCCAGUACAAAGAGAUAUCCCUAGCUGGUAUUGAUUUCAGUAAUUCUAUUAAUACCAAAGUUAGCAUAUUGAUUUGUUUUCAGUCCAGGUAUUUUUUGUGUUCUAAACCGAUCCAAAAAGAUGUUAUUUUGCCCUUGGUAAUGAACGUUGAUCUGCAAAUUAUAGUUUUGUGUGAAAAUAUAUGUGGCCUACUUCAGGGUACGAAGCAGCAUUUGAAUAGUUACCAUGUGAUUCAAACCAUGGACUUCCCAGUUAAGAGAAGUGUGCUAAAUAUAAGCUGCUGUGUUUAUCCAACAAAUUUAUGCACCGUGUAGUGUAGGACUUUUCACAUUUUCUUGAUUUUCAUGUUUUAUUUUAGAUUUUUCAAAGACAUUAUUUAUCAUAACUUGGAAUUUUAAUGCAUGUUACGUACAUGCAGAGAUAAGGAAAUACUUGAGAGGAUAGCCGGUGUUCAGUCCCCUGAUGUAUUUUGAUGGUCAGAUUUAUGCAGGUUAAAGUAUUUCCAUUCACUUUUUUGAGUGGUCCUUGAAGGUUAGUGGAAGUAAUUUCUGUUGACAUUCACCAUAAAUAAUGUCUGAGAGGUUACGUAUAUUUUCUGGUUGCAUAACAUUGUUAUUAAUUAUGAUACACGAAAAAAUCCGUAACUUUUACUUAAUUUUGUACAACAUAUUUUAAAUAAACUAACAGUCUUAUGCAGACAUUUGCUAUUUGUGAAAUGACAAAUAUAUUUAUAUUUGUCUGGUCUUGUUGAGUAAAAUUAACUUGAAAACAUUCCAUCCAAGAGCAUUUAUUCAGUGUUUAAGUAGUAUUACUUUUUAUUAUUAUAUGACUGUAUUAUUUUGACUUAUUAUCAGAAUGUUAGUCAUCCAUUAUACUUGUGAAAAGUGUGCAGAAUUUACAAGACAGACAUUUUGUAGGUUCUUAAAUGAACUGAAUUACGACAAAGGCUGUACUUCAAAUGAUGUGUAUGUAUAUAUAUAUAUAAAAGAGAGAGUGAGAGAUAGAACAUUACUAACAUAGAGAAUUUAAUAUUCAAAUCAACAAAACAAUACAUCGAUUUUUACUCAAGUCUUCUGAAGUUCUGAGGACAUAAUUAUAUUCAGUGGCUCAAGGAUGAUUUGUUAAUGAAGUUUGCUGCUUUAAAAGUAUGCACACUGUAUAAUUAUAGGAAUUUACACAAUUGUGCUCAUGCAAGUAUACUGUUGAACGUAUACUCGUAUUGAUUUAUUGCUUCCUUGUCUCGGGCUCCACAUUGUAAGUACUAACAUAAUAGUUUAUUGGAUGCCUCGGAGGUAAAAAUACAUUUUUACGACAAAACUUGGAAUUUUUAUCAUACAUUAGUUUAUGUUCUAUGUAGCAACGGAGUCUUAUGACCUAGUGUUGUCAGUGUCUAGCAAAUGUAAUUUAUUUAUUUUUCUUAUGUUAUAAUCUUCUUGAUAGGCACUGUAUAAUGAAUCUUUGGUUGAAACACUAAGCUUGAAACUUUAAUUUUUUAAAUUAAUUCUUCCCUGGCCAUAGACAGUUUUUUUUAAAAUAUUUUUUGCUAGAUACAGUGGGACCUUGAUUCUUUGAGCUUCUAUGAACCAGGCAGCAGUGUAAUGGUACCACCAUUUCAUGGAAUCAUACCAGUGAAUGAUUGAAAUGGUCAUGUAAGAUGGUAUGGCAUGCAUAUGCAUCCAAAAUCUACUUGUUCACUAGCCCAUCCCUUCUUGGAUGAAGACUUCUUUUUGUUGUUGUGCAGUCAACAUGCUAAAGAAAUUAUUAUUAAUAGGCCUAUUUUACAAUGUAAUUUUUAUUGCAGUUACUGUAGGCAUCAACUUAUCCAAAACCAAUCAGUGUCACUGGUGGUUAGCACUCGUGCUUCAUAUUCAGAUUGUGCUGUGUUAAAAUCUUGGCCUGGAAACCAGCUAUCCUUAUUCUGGUACUGAUGGCGUUAAAUGAACUAAAAGAAAAUUCAUCCCAAACCCAUGUUAAAGAAAAUUGCCAAGGCAGUCAUAUAUGAUCCUGUAAGCAUGAAUAAUUAAGGUCCCAACAAGAACUUAUGACUUAGAAGCAUUGGUCACAGAAGACUUCAUACCUACUGGUAUAUAAUAUAAAUAUUUUGUACUUGUGUUGAGACUGAAAUCUAGGUAGUUAUUUAUAUCUUUGGUAUCCUUGUUAAAUAUCACAGAACAAUUGCUUGUUUAUUACUGUAAAUCUUCCUUUUGAUCAAGAGUGUAAUUUAGCUAUAUGGAACGUUUGUGUAAUUUUUAGGCAUUUAUUUUGAAAUCUUUGAAUUAGUUAUAGCGUAACAAAAGACGGAGCAUGGACCAAGUAACUUGACACAAAUUAAGCAUUGGUUCCAUAAUUGUACUGUGUAGAAAGUCAAGAAACAGUUACAUGUGUUAGGAAGUAUGAUUCUAAUCACUUCCAGGUGUUAAGAAAGUUAACAAAUUCCAUAGUAACUUAAUCAUGUUUAUAGUAUUCUUAAUUGAUUAUAGUUUCUUAGAAUUGCUUUGUAGAUCUUGCAUUAUGGCACACAUGGGGCAAACAUUGUUUGCUUUAAUUGUACAGAAUGCCUCUUAUGAGCAACAUGUUAUUAUUAAUGAAAAUGGAAGAAGCUAUAAAAUGUUCAGUCUUCAAACAGCUGGUGGAAAGUUUCCCUACCCUGGCUUGACAGGCUGCUUCUGCAUAAUUAUAUUUUCCUUUUAAAAGACAAUUAAAAAUUGGUAUAUAAUGUA